GGCAAACAUAGGAAUUUAAUUUAAAAAUUAAAAAAAAAAUUAAAACGAAUACCAGUACGAAAAAAGCGAAAAAAAAGUUUUAAAGAGCCAAUAGAUUCACUUGCACGGAAUCCUGAAACCCUUCUCGCCGUGGUUUACACUUUUCUCUAUAACACACUCUCUUUCUCUCUCUAACGUCAUCGUCUUUUCCUCUCUCUUUCUCUUUCCUCCUUCCUUCACCAACCUCUCUUUAUAACCCACUUCUCUUGCUUCCACUCACCCCUCAAUUCCCCCAUUUCUCUCAACUCUCUCUGUUCCAUUCUCCAAUUUCCCAUCUCUUCAAUCAAAACAAUAAGCAAAAAAAAGAAAAAAACUGUUUAAUAAUAUUUUUCUGAUUCUUAAUGGACUCAACAAAGCCUGUAAAGAGGCAUUGUUUCAAUGAAGAAGACGACGGUCUUGCUUCUUUAGCAGACAUGGAAGCUGGAUUCUCAGGAAACAUUGAAAAAUACCCUUUGGUUUCUAGGCCACUUCUCCAUUGUAAUAACAGCAGUAUUCAAAGAAGGAACAGUUUGAGGAGUUUUUCUUCGGUUACUAGUACUGGGUUUGUUUCAUCGCCUAGAUCUGUUAAUGCUACUAUGAGGUUUUAUGAGGAGCCGCCACAGCCCCAUUUCUUGGAUGCUUGUUUUCUCUGCCAGAAGCUCCUUGGUGCCAACAGUGAUAUCUUUAUGUACAGAGGAGAUACUCCAUUCUGUAGUGAAGAGUGCAGACAAGAGCAAAUAGAGAUGGAUGAAGCUAAAGAAAAGAGUUGGAAUCUCUCCGCCUCCAUGAGAGCUAUGAGGAAAAAGGAUCAAAGAAAAUCGUCUUCCCCGAAUAAAACCGCCCGAGAUUGCACGUUUCGCACCAGCACAGUUGCCGCUGCUUGAUGCUUUUUAACCGACUGAUGAUCAAGCUCACCUAAUUAUGUUUAUGACUACUAUAUAAGAAAAGAGUAAAGAAAAGACAGUACUUUGGUUAAAAAUAGUGGCUUUGAGAAGAAGAACAACAUAUCGGAGAUUUUGGCGGUGAGGCCAAGGUUUGCCGUUAUUAUAGUACAGGAACAGAGAGAAGAAGAAGAGCCUAAAAAGAUGCGGCCUUGGAAGAUGGUUUUUUUUUUUUAUAAGGUUUUUUGUUUCCCCUGUAAAAUGAACUGUAAAUUUUGAUCUGAGAGGCCCGUUUUGGCUUGGUGUUGGCAAUGAUGAUCAAUCUUUGGAGAUGGCUCUUUUUCAGUUUUUUGGUUUUUUGGUACCGUGAUAAAGGCAUGUCUGUUCCUUUUUUUGGAGCUUUUGUUCAUAUGGCAAUGAGAAAAGAAGAGAGAAAAAAGCAGUAUGCAAAAGUUAUGUUAGUAAAAAUGUAAAAUGCGAAGAGAACCUUUUUUUUUUGUUCCUUCCAUUUGAUUACGAUUGAUCAUGCCUUCACCCUUUUGUUUUUUUCCUCCCCGUUAAUUUUUUUGCCAGUUUGAAACUGAUGUUUGCAUCUUUAAUGCGCCAUGGAAAUUUGAAAGUAGAGUGAGUUCUCCUUGCAAGCUGGAGCAAAAAAACUGGCAAAAAGUGCCUCCCCACCUGCUGCAUGUUGCUGUUAAUGGUGGGAUGGAAAAUGCCCAACUGAGUUCUUGCCUUUUUGAGUUUUGAGGGCUUUGUUUUUACAUUAAGGUUCACAUCAUCAUCACAGAAAGGGACUGGUAUUGGAUCCAGCAGGAAAUGAAAGGGAAAAAAGGGGUGAUGUUCAUCAUUGAUGCUCCAUAGCUCUCUGAAAAAUUGCAGGGUUUUUUUUUUUUUCUUU